CUGUGCUACAAGCGUCCGUUGAUCUGGAAUAAUACACGUCUGUAAACAACAUAAUUUUAUACCUAUUUUUUACUUCAAUUAUGGAAUCAAAAGCUUUUUUGGAACGGUUGCGGAAAUUUGAUGCAUAUCCCAAAACAUUGGAAGACUUUAGAGUGAAAACGUUUGGCGGAGCAACUGUGACCAUUGUCAGUGCCAUAUUAAUGUUCAUACUGUUUGUAUCGGAGCUGAACUUCUAUCUGACCAAGGAAGUGCAGCCAGAACUGUUCGUGGACAUCUCGCGAGGAAACAUCAAGAUGAAGAUCAAUCUUAAUAUUACAUUCAAUAAUUUACCAUGUGCUUUUUUGAGUAUAGAUGCCAUGGAUAUCUCCGGGGAGAACCAGAUUGAUGUUGAGCACAACUUGUACAAGCAGAGGCUAAAACUCACUGGAGAAAAAGUGGAAGAUGAACCAGAAAAACAUGAGGAGUUGGGUGACAAGUCAGAAGAAUUAGUUGAGGGAGUGAAAAAGGAACUAGAUCCAAACCGAUGUGAAAGCUGCUAUGGGGCAGAAACAGAUGAUAAAAAAUGCUGUAACAAUUGUGAGGAGGUCCGGGACCAGUACCGCAAGAAGGGCUGGGCAUUCAAGGCCACGGACUCCAUCAUCCAGUGUAAGCGCGAGGGCUGGGCUGACAAGAUGGAGAAACAGAAGAAUGAGGGCUGCAACGUGUUUGGCUACAUAGAGGUCAAUAAGGUGGGAGGCAAUUUCCACAUGGCGCCCGGGAAAAGCUUCCAACAGAGCCAUGUCCAUGUCCAUGACCUGCAAGCCAUGGGCGGAGAAAAGAUGAACAUGAGUCACACAGUUCAUCACCUUUCCUUCGGUGAGGAGUACCCAGGCAUUGUUAACCCCCUGGACGGACUGCACCAAAUAGACCAGAAAACGAUGACAAUGUUCCAAUACUUCAUCAAGGUGGUACCGACUACGUACAUAGACGUCAGCGGGAAAGCAGUACACACAAACCAGUUUUCGGCGACGAAACACUCCAAGGUGGUUGGUCAGCUGGGAGAGUCCGGACUUCCGGGCAUCUUCGUCACGUACGAGUUGUCGCCCAUGAUGGUUAAAUACACCGAAAAACGCAGGUCGUUCAUGCAUUUUCUGACGGGGGUCUGUGCAAUAAUUGGAGGCAUAUUUACAGUGGCAGGCCUUAUAGACUCCAUGAUCUACCACUCAGCGAGAGCUCUGCAGAAGAAAAUAGAGCUCGGCAAAGCCACGUGAUCUCAGCGCCAUUUUGCGAUGCAAAUGAACAACGCUCUGAAAAAACGGGACUUAAUGCGUGCGCGUAAACUGACGUCCCAGAAUAGCCUGUGUAGUUAGCCCAGGCUUAUCAGGAACGACACUUUCUGCUUUUAUGGAAUUUUUCGUGUAGAGGAAGUCUCUUCUAAAUAAGAAUCCAGUCUAGGCGAAAAGUGUCGUCCCUAAUUUUGUACGACAGCAUACGCUCAUACAUUAUUUCAGCCCCGUUUUCAUAGAGCGCGGCUCAAAUAGCAAUACAUCUUUGCAUUUUCACUUCUGUGCUUUUAACAUUUGUCCUGCUGAAUUUUGAAACUGCUUUAUUCAUAAAUUACAUUUAGAAAGAACACUUAUAUGAUUUAUUUAAAAAAAAACUAAAAAAACUCAAGUGUGUUUUGAACACAAUUUGGGGGGACAAUUCCAAUUAAUUUUCACAAAUAUAAUCAUUGUGGUAUGUCGUGGCAUACAUUAAACUUUCAUGUUGUAUGGAUCGUGAAAGCCACUUUGCAAUUAUGCCAUCUGUUGUUGAAUGAUUAAUAUGCCAGUUUCAUACUUGUUUCUUUCUGUUUACACCAAAUAUAUAAAUGCUUAAAGCUAUGUCCAGGGGAGGACUUGUUGUAGAUAUAUUGCACCACUUGCUGAAACAAUGCGUUACAUUGACAGUGUCUGUAUUAUAUGAACCACUUUGCUGUUACUUUUCAUUACAAAUUGUUAUAGAACGAGUUAUGAUUUUUUUCUGAAGUCUCAGAUGUUAAAUAUUGCCACUGUUUAAUCUUUGUUACUUUAAUAUAUGCUUAAUAUACUGAAUACUAAUAAUUAAUUUAAAUUAUAUAGCACGGGCAUAUUACAGAAAUGCUUGCUCUUAAUGUUCAAGUGCUAUAUAAAAUAACAUUCUGUUAAAUCAUUGUUGGGUGGCUGAACGUACUAGUAAUAAUUUCAGUGCAAUACAAAUACUAUAUAGUCAUAUAUCCAUUUUGGUUACUUUCGUAGAUUAAGCAAAGUAUAGCUUCUUAAAACUACUUUUACUUUUAAUAAGCAAAAUCAUGUAGAGAUAAGACAUGAAAAUAUGCAUAUCAGAUUAGACUUACUGCCCUUUUGUCAGUAGUGAUAUUCUGUAAUAGAUUACAGUAGCUUGUUGUUAGUGUUGGUAUUGCGUUAUCCGCAGCAUAUAAUCAGGUGUAUGUUAUUGUGAAAGCUUGGUUAUACUAUUUAUAGACUAGUUUUAAAAUUAAUGUAUUAUUCUGAAUUCCGGAUCACUGAGCAAGCAUCAAGUUGUUCUGUUAUAUAAGGGAAUUGUUACUGUAGUUUAUUUAGUUCUUCUGUGCUCAAAUGAACUGGGAUUUGUUACUGUAUUUAUUUAGUCGCUCAGUGUUCAGUUUACCUAAACAGUUUGAUUAUACCCACAUCGUUUUGACAGUUGGAUUUCAAGCACACAUGUUUGUAUUUGUUGGAAAUAUUCAGCUUUAAUCAAACUGAAACACAUCAGCGCUUGCGUCGUUUAUCAUUUAGUCACUUCACUGUAUAAAUUAUAUGAAUAAAUGUUUUAAAUCUUAAACAAA